AUGGCAAGCCAGUACAGCAACUACAACUACACUCAUGGCGUCUCCGCUGGGCAGAGACGCCGAACAAACCCUCCUCCGCCGGGGCUGCAGAACCCCCAUAGCGGCCGUCAGAUGCCUGUCGGUCGUAGCGGCGGUUCUGGCCAAUUACCCCGACAGCAUCAGCAGCACCAGCAGCACCAGCAGAAUACCAUGCGCGGGCUUGGCCCAACACUCAACAGUGAGCCGUCUGGCCACUACAACCAUCCUCCCCAGCCUUAUCAAGAGAAUUAUGACAGUGUUCAAGACGUUCCAGGCGUUCCAGACGAUCAAAACAUUCAAAACAUACAAAACGUUCAAGACGUGCAAGACGUGCAAGACGUGCAAGAUGUUCCAGGCGUUCCAGACGCUCAAGAGUAUCAUCACAUUCAAGACAUGCAAGACAUGCAAGACAUGCAUGUCCCAGCCGCACGAAACAGUCAAGACCACACGACGCUGAGCGACCUGUUUGCCAUCGUGAUGGAAAUCCAGCAAGAAUUUUGUCGCUUUCAACAAGAAGUGCGUCGCUUUCAACAGGAAGGGCGUGAGAGGUCGGGAUGGUCUGGUGAAAACAUCGCUAUUCUAUAUGACCUGUUCAAGCUGCACCUUGGUGUACCUCCCCAGCAAAAUCAAUCGUGGGGCAUGUCUGGCGAAGCCAUCACGCAGGCAAACACCAUGUCCAGACCACCAGUUUCAGUGCCGGAUGAUCCAAUGACGCCUACUCAAUACAUCAAUUCAGAUCAGCCCCAUUAG